UCAACAAUGGCAUUCACACUAAGCAUCGAUAUCUAUUCAAUUUCCCUUACAAUUCUAAAUUUACAGUGUUUUCAACUGCAACAAAAAUGUCUUUGAUUCCAAGUUUCUUUGGUGACCGAAGGAGCAACGUAUACGAUCCAUUCUCUCUUGAUGUUUGGGACCCCUUGAAGGAUUUUCCAUUUUCCAAUUCUGCACUUUCUGCUUCAUUCCCUCGUGAGAAUUCUGCGUUUGUGAGCACACGAGUGGACUGGAAGGAGACCCCGGAAGCACACGUGUUCAAGGCUGAUCUCCCUGGACUGAAGAAGGAGGAAGUGAAGGUUGAGAUUGAAGAUGAUAGGGUUCUACAGAUAAGCGGAGAGAGGAACGUUGAGAAAGAGGACAAGAACGAUCAAUGGCAUCGCGUGGAGCGUAGCAGUGGAAAGUUCUUGAGGAGGUUCAGAUUGCCUGAGAAUGCUAAAAUGGAUCAGGUGAAAGCUUCCAUGGAAAAUGGUGUUCUAACUGUCACCGUUCCAAAAGAAGAAAUUAAGAAGCCUGAGGUUAAGUCUAUUGAAAUCUCUGGUUGAACUCACACUCACACACAACAAGCUCUCUGUUAUUGUGUUGCUUUAAAUUCGUGUACUUGUCUUAUCUUGGUUUGUAAUGGUUAUGUUUUUGUGAUUUGCGUGUAAGAGAUGUAUGAUGAUGUAAUGUCAAUAUAUAAAUAAGUAACUAAUUAAUUUUUA